AUGAGCGUGAUAACUCGAGAUCUGGAUGGCAAGCUAAGGAUCUACAAAAAGGGCGCAGACGCCAUCAUUUUUGCGAGACUGGCUGAAGGGCAGUCACCUGAUGUCACUGAGCAGCAUCUUCAUGAAUUCGCAGUGGAAGGAUUGCGCACUCUUUGUCUUGCGUAUGCAGAUCUGGAUGACGAUGGGUUUCAAGAUUGGCAUCGAAGAUAUCGGCACGCGAACUCCGAGUUAAUCGAUCGUGAAGAAAAAGUUGCUGCAGUUGUUGACGAAUUCGAACGUGAUCUUACCUUGCUGGGUGCGACUGCUAUCGAAGACAAACUCCAAGAUGGUGUUCCAGAGACUUUAAAGAAGCUGGAACAAGCCAGCAUCAAGGUAUGGGUACUAACCGGGGACAAACAAGAGACAGCCAUUAAUAUUGGGUUGUCAUGCGGCGCCAUUGACGAAGGCAUGGAUGUCGUGAUCAUCAAUGAGGACAAUCUCGAAGAUACAGCUGCGCAGCUUGACCGGGCACUCGGCAGGUGGAGCGCCAUGCGUACAGAUCCAGCAAUGGAACGAAAGCUUGGCCUGGUCAUUGACGGACAAACAUUGCAUUACGCUCUCGAAGAGGAACUCCAGAAACGGUUUAUGGUAGUGACAAACAUGGCUCGAUCAGUCAUCGCUUGCCGUGUGAGUCCGAAGCAAAAGACUGAGAUUGUCGAGCUGUUCCGCCGGCUUGACAAGGACAAAGUUACUUUGGCUAUUGGAGACGGCGCUAAUGAUGUCGGUAUGAUUCAAGCGGCCCAUGUGGGGGUGGGAAUUCUACAAACGGCUCUCAAAAAUGGUCUUGUUCACAAUAUACCGAAAUGCGGCGCUGACUCUUUGUGA